GUGGGAAGCCAGCUCAGCCCGCUCCCUCCGCCUUCCCUCCGCCUCUCUCCCUCCUUCUCUCCCUCCCUCUUCGGCUCAGCCUGGGGGUCUGGGCCAGCAAUAAGCAGACAUGGGCCAAGGAGCCAGAGACUGCCCAGAGGCCGGGGGUCUGUGAGCUGCCGUGGAGGCCACUGGACACGGGGUCACCAUGGGGAUAGCUGCCCUGGACCUCCUCUGUGCAGGGCUCCUGCUCCCUCUCUUGGUGUUUGCGGUCCCCACCGAGGAGCCCUCCUCUGGGGAUGCGGUGGCCUCGGGUGCCCCUGGGUACUGUCAACGGUGCUGUGACUCUGAGGACCCCCUGACCCCUGCCGAUGAAGCAGUGUCAUCCGCCUCUCCAUCUGCCCUCCCAUACCUGCUGCCUGAGGUCAGGCCCUACAUUAACAUCACCAUCCUGAAGGGUGACAAAGGGGACCGAGGCCUGCUGGGCACGCCCGGGAAGCUGGGCCGGGAGGGUCCCCGGGGGGAGCGUGGCCCGCAGGGCACCAAGGGCGCCAAGGGGCAGGCGGGCAGCCCCGGGGGCCCGUGCCAGACGCACUUCUCGGCCUUCUCGGUGGGCCGCAAGACGGCCCUGCACAGCAGCGAGGGCUUCCAGCCGCUGCUUUUUGACACCGUCUUCGUCAACCCCGACGGCCACUUCGACCUGGCUGCCGGUCACUUUGUCGCCCCGCUGCGUGGCCUCUACUUCUUCAGCCUCAAUGUCCACAGCUGGAACUUCAAGGAGACGUACGUGCAUGUGGUGCACAACGAGGAGGCGGCCGUCAUCCUGUACGCGCAGCCCAGUGACCGCAGCAUCAUGCAGAGCCAGAGCGUGAUGCUGGCGCUGGCGCCCGGGGACCGCGUCUGGGUGCGUCUCUUCAAGCGCGAGCGGGAGAACGCCGUCUACAGCGACGACGUGGACACCUACAUCACCUUCAGUGGCCACCUCAUCAAGCCUGAGGAUGAUUAGUGGCCUCCGGUGGGGCAGCCCCGGCCCUGGGGUGGGGGGGAACUGUGGGCAAAGUUGUCCUCCAUGAAGUGGGCCCCCCCCGACCAAGCGUUCUGGAUGGGCUUCCUCUUCUUUCCUUCCCUCCAUCAUCUCGCUCUCUCUCUUCUCUUGGACAUAUUUUAAGAAGCACGCUAACCUGAAUAUUCUAGAACUUUCCCAGCCUGCGAACGCGGCAGAUUCUGACUCUGGUUCUGAAGGGGGCGGUGUCCAGGGUUCUGCACGUCUGAGAAGUUCCUGGAUGUAGUUGGUGCUAUUGGUCCAGGGACCCGCCUUGAGUCCCCAGAUUCUAGACCUUUCCCAACAUUCUGGAAUCCUCCAGACAUUCUAGACUCUUGCCAAAUCUUUCACUUCUCUCAUCUUUCCAGGACCCCCACCCCUAUCCUCUUGCUCCUUCCACCUUCUCUGUCUCUCUCUUGUGCACCCCACUUGUGCAGCCGCCGUUCCCUUAUUCAUUCAUCAAACGCUCUCUGAGCACUCACUCUGUGUCAGGCUCUGGGGAAGCUGAGGUGAGACACAGGCCCUGCCCUUGGUGAGUGCCCAGCCCCGCCAGGGUGGGGAGACACAGGCUCAGGAAACCAGACCCAGAAAAAUAGCAGGGCUCUCAUCAUAGAAGUCUGUGUCUGGGUGUUCAGCCACCAGGGACCGUCCUUGUCUGCAGGUCCCCAAGGUGGAUAGAGUCCCCAAGGUAGGGGGGAUCCUUAUCCUUGUCCAUUUCUUUCCUUCCUGCCCACUGCCCUUCAUUAAAGCAAACCCCAGAAGGGCCUUGGUCAGGGCAAGGGUGCUAUGAGGGGAGGGUCCAGGGGCCUGCGGCAUUUGGGGGUGAAGAGGGCCCUUGGGAAAGGAAGCCCAGACCCACAUCUCCACAUGUCAGGUACGGCAGCCUGCGAGGACUCCUCUCCUCCUCACACAUCCCCUUCCCCAUCCCCAACGCGCCUGGGCCUCGGUUCUCCCAGGCUCCCAGCCACCGCCAGACACUGAUGUCGUCCCCAGGUGCUCUCUGACCCUCCUUGGCCCUCCUUGGCGGCCCAAUGUCCCUGGCUUUCCAGACCUUGUUAAAGUGCUAAGGCCCCGGUGGGCAGCUCGUGCCCGGCACGGAGCCUCCUGUGGCCAGAUGCCACCUUGACAUGUGCCACUGGGCCAUGGGCCAGGCUUUGGAGCCCUCAGCAGGUCUAGGGAACUGAAGCGGGCAACAUCCCAGGUCAGUCGAGGGGAAUCUCCUCUGAGCCAUGAGGCCAAGAUAGGCACUGGGAGUGACCAAGGCCAAGGAAGGGACAUCAGGCCUGUCCUUUCUCCCUCUCCCGGGGUGGGGCAGUCUGGCCGUCUCCGGCCUUCUUGUCUCCUAUCCCAGGUAGCCUGAAACUCUCUCCAGAGCGAAAUGGCUGCUUCCCGUUGGUGCUGAUGCUGACCGCGAGCAGUGGUCUCUGGUGCUCACUUGUAGCCGACGGAUUCAUGGCUCAGUGACAGGGGGCUGGCAGCAGGACCUGACCCCGUGCCGUGAACGCUGGUGCUAUACCCUCACUCCUCACCUGACUUCGCCCCUGUCCUGCUUGUCUGGAGUGAUUAAAGUGUGUCUGUCUUUUUGGCA